AUGGCGGCAGAGCCCGGGCGUUCGUGGACUCAGGCGCGCACUGCGUACGGCGUUAGAGAGGCGCUGAGGCGAGGCGUGAGCCGCCGGCUGGACCCCGGCUCGCAGCCCAACGGGCCGGUCCCCGAAGAUGUCCGCGCCCCGGGCCGCCUGGCUCGCCUGCGUGGCCAGCUGCGGGCCGAGGCGGCGGGGCGGGCCGAGGCGCCGCGGCUGAUGCGGGUGGUGGAACGCGCGGGCGCGCGAGCCGGGGCGGCGGGGACCAGCGAGAGGAGCGACGCUCGCAGCGGCGGCUCGGUGUGCUCGGUGUGCGGAGAGCCGCGCGGCGGCGCCACCUACCCCGCGGGCGUCCUGGAGGUGAGCGAGCGGCGGCUGCAGGAGGGGCUGGCGGCCGUGCGUGCCGAGCUGGGCGCGGGGCUCGAGGCGCUGCGCGCGGAGCUGCGGACCGAGCUGGACGCCCUGCGCGCCUUGCUGCCACCGCCGCCGCCGCCGCCACCGCCACCCGCCCGCCGUGAGCCCCGCGGUCCCGCCCUGCUGCGGGCGCUCGGCACGGUGAACGCGUUGGUUUCGGCCUCCAGGGCCGCGGAGAACGGUCCGGAUGCUCCCGCGGACGGCCUGGCGAACCGAGCCGCUGCCCGGAAAAACUACAAGAAAACCCCAGUGCCUCCAGCAGCUGCGCAAGGCGGAGGAGAUUGA